AUGGGGCCUCCAGCCUUGCCGGACUCCGAUUUGCCCAAGUGCUCCCCACAGACCCAAUCAGUCGAGGGUCCGAAGCGAUGGUCUGGCGUAGUUGAAGGAGAGACCAGUUUCCAGGAAAUCUCAAAACCAGUUUUCGUCCUUGAAGGAGGCACGGAAACGGUAGUCCUCCCUCCAGAGAUAAUUGAGGAUGAUGCUCCUCUCUGGAAGUCAUUUGUGGUAGGAUAUUUUAUUGGUGAAGCUCCACAUAAUGGUAAGAUCCAUGCCACUGUCAAUAGGAUCUGGGCUGUUUCAGGCAACCCUAUAAAGAUUGAUGUCUAG